CGAAAACCGACCAAACCCACCCCUGAGGAGCGCGAGCAGUACUUGGAGCGCAACCGCCAGGCAGCGAGCAAGUGUCGCCAGAAGCGGAAGAGGGCGACAGAGGAGCUGCGAGCACAAUAUAAGGAGCUAAAGGGUAAACAUGAACAACUCGACGCGCUUGAGUACGACCUGCGCGAUUCAGUGACUCGUCUCAAAACCGAAUUACUAAAGCACCAUGACUGCGGAGAUCCCAAUGUCAAUGCAUAUCUGCAGCAA